GAUUGACCGAAAAUCAAAACCCUCUCUUUCUCGGUUAUCUAACCAAUCUCUCGAUCAGAUAAGAUCUAGAGCUGUUUCUGCCUGCAGAAAGCAAUGGAUGCCAUCGAUAACGUCUUCGAUCCGAUGAGGGAGUUCGCGAAGGACAGCGUCCGCCUCGUGAAGCGGUGCCACAAGCCCGAUCGUAAAGAAUUCACCAAGGUCGCGUUCCGCACAGCCAUAGGUUUCGUGGUGAUGGGCUUCGUAGGGUUUUUCGUCAAGCUGAUCUUCAUCCCUAUCAACAACAUUAUUGUCGGAUCUGUCUAGGCCUCUAAGGAAUGGUGGAAAUUGUCUGGAGUGCGAAAUGCUUACACAGGAUAAAAUUACUUUAAGCUUUUUAGGUUCUUCUUUGACAUGUAAACUAUCGGGAAACAAGCAGAUUGGUGGAUGUUAAAAUUUCUGAGUUGCAUUGAGCUCUUCUAUGUUGGAGACAUACCUGUUGCUUUGUUAUUCAUUCUGAUAGUACUCGAGGUUGAAUGAAUUCACGAGGCCACUGUAACCAGUUGGUUAUUUUGCUAAACAUUAAUUUUCUUUA